UAGUGAACCGCUGUCCAGCAGAUCCCCAUCCCAUCUGCAAAACCCUAAUCUUGUCCACUAUUACACUCACACCAGACCAGCUAGGGUUUAACAAAGCGUCGCUCUUGAAUAUCACUCAAUUCACAAAUUCGAGUUCGCCAUCAACAUGGCUUUGAACCUAAUCGUUCCCCAAAAUCCCCAAAGCCCACAAAAAUUCGAUCAUUUCAUUGGCGAAAACCACGAACUCGUACUAAACCAAUCGAUUCAAAGCCUUUUAGACUCGCACAGUUGCGAUUUUUCAGCUUUUACCACCACUUUCUACGAAUUGAUGCAAACUAGAGCUAAUCCACCUCUCGAAACCAUCUGGGUCUACUCAGCUUUAACUUUUCGCCACACGAAUUCACCAAAAGUUGAGCCUUUGAAUCGAAUCUCAGCCACAAAAACCCUGUUUCAAUUGAUAUCAGGUUGUUCGGCCACGUGUAGCUCAUCGAAGAGCAUCGGAUUGCUCGCACCGGUCAUAUAUGAAGUGUAUAGAGUAAUUGCUGAUUUGAAGGGUAAAGACUUGGGUUCUAAGAGGGAGAAGAAAGUAAUGAGAGAGAUUAAGUAUUUGGUUAAUGCAAUUCUUGGGUAUAUUAGUGUAUGUUGUUCUGCAAAUGAUGAUUCUGAUGGUUUGGGUUCGGAUUCAGAGGAUUUUAUUCGAUCAUUGGGGGAUUUAAUUCGUGUUUGGAUUGGUGGUGAUGAUGGGAUUGAUGACACUUUAGAAUCUAAGGAAAUGUUUAAAUUGUUUUUCCCUCUUUUGGGUGAUGACAUUGUUGGAUGGCCUAGUGUAGAAGGGAGAGCUGUUAGUGUUAGUGAGCUCGCCGGAGUUGUGAUCACAGAGGCAUUUUUGUUGAGAUUGUGCUUGAAUUUCAGCUCAGGAGUUUCGAAACAAGAGUCGAGGAUUUGGGCCAUCGGUUGCAUAACUGGGUUUCGGCAUUUAUUUUUCUUCGAGACCCUCGUGAGGAUGCUGCUGCAGAACAGUUUACCUGUAAUCUCCCUAUUGAGUUCUGAAGAUGAACUUUCUCUAAGGAAACUUCUGUAUGAUGCUGUGAUAUUAGUGGAGUACUCUUUCCUCAAUCCUGAUAAAGUAAUUCAUGUACUUGCUAAACAUAUAAAAAGUCUUGCCAUUAGAAGAGUGGUAGUUACUCACAAAGCGACAGAGUUAUUUAGGAAAGAAGGGGAUCAGACAAAAGCUAUCUCUUACAUUAAUGCCUUCUCUGGUUCUCAAUUGCCUUCCCAACUAAUUAAGUUGGUCACAAGUGAUGUUCACGUGGACAGCAAAGCUGGUCAACCAAAGGGAUUGUCACCCAAGGCACUUUUAAAAUGGUUAUUCAAGUUGGAGGAUCUAGGGAUCCGAGUAUUGGAUGAUGGAAUUGCUGAAAACCAUUCCAGAUUAAUUCUUGAUAUUUCAGAAUUCGAACAUGAGCAACAAGCAUAUAACACGGAGAGGACAAAACCAGAUGCUGAUCUCUUCUACAUUGACAACAAGGGGGAAGAGGAAGAUGGGAGCCAGGAUGAGGAAAGGACAAACGAGUUCAUGAGUGCCGCAUUUGUUGCUGCUGCGCACACUCUGACAUCAUCAACAGAAAAUGGUAGAAAGAGGAAAGAAAAGGGUAGUGUUGAAAAGAAAAAACGUGUGAAAUUUCUGAAGUACAACCUUUCUAACAAUACUGGUUCAUCGGGAGAGAAGUCCACGUUUCUCAGAAACUCUGGAUCAAGCAGUGGAAGCGAGGUUGAUGAGAAUCCACGCUCGGAUGAAGAUGUUGAAGAAAAGGAGAAUUGAGGACCUUUUUGGCUAUUACUUUGAUUUGGUAUCUGAUGUCUAGCCAUGCAGAUUUUUUCAUGGUUGGCCAAUUGACAAGAAGCAGGGGCGGCCUUAUAUACGGGAAGUAUCUUGUAGUUUCCCAAUCAUUUGUCGGUAUUUAUGACUUUGUUAGGAAUUAAUAGUGUCUGAUUCAACCAUAAGAAAUGCUGGCCAAUGAGGUUGAGAAGUCAUUUUUUGUUGUGUUUGAUCUCAAGGAUCUUAACAAACAUUUAAGAACUCUGUUGCAAUCUUCUUUCUGCUGAAGCCAGUUCUGUAAUAGAAGAGCUGAAAGUUUAUUUCAGCCUAUUGCAGAAUUUCCCCAGAGCUUAGCUUUUGUUUGGAAUGGAAAUGGCUUUCUUCCAAGAAGUUGUUUAAGUUAGGUCAUUGCAACUACGGCGGUAAGAAAAUCUGAGCUGUUCAUCCAAGUCUGACCUAAAUUUUUGUUUCCAGUUUA